GUCCAUGGUGUAGUUAGGUCCUUACUGAUGAGAACAACGUCCCACUCACUUUGAUCUACAACUUCUCUGUCACUGAACGGAGACCCAAGAAUCGAAUAGGAAUUUGGAAUACAGGGAAUUGGGAGGGGGUCCGUCUCUCUCAUCCUUGCUCCAAGGGGCUUAGCUUUACUUUCUUUCUUUAAGAGAGAGAGAGAGAGAGUGAGAGAGAGAGGGGAAGAGGUGGGGGGGAAUUUCAAAGGCAAAGAAAAAGCAAAAGCAUAGGAUUAUAUAUAGGGUAUUUAAUGUUCUGGUCUUGUUUUAAUUGUUUAUAUAUACUGGGUUGAAUAGGAGCCAAAAGGGUCUUUUUCCUCAACAUCUGGCACAGGCCUUUGAAGCGGCUGCAGAGAUUUUUGCUGCUUUUUGAGGUCUCGCCGUCUUUGGGGAUGCGGCACUGCCUUUUCUCUGUGCAAAUUGGUGGCGCAUUAAAGAAGGGGCUUUACUGAGCUGAGUUUAGUUUUUAAAGGAACCCACGGAAACUCUUGAAGCAGGAGAUUUUGCCAUUAUUUCGACGCAGUUAAGGCACUCUGUGAGAAAUCUUGGGAUGAAGAAUUCUUAAUACUCUGCCUCUCUCAACUGUACCACCAUACUCAGCUCAGCCCGUGCUUUAUCUACAGCAAGUUGUUUUGCCAUUCGGAAAACAAGGAACAAGUGACAAUACUCUGUCAUUUUGUUUGGAAGGCAGAUCUGUGGUAGCUUCAAUCUUUUAGCGAAAGAGACUUCUCGAACGAGGAAGUUGAAAGUGGUAAUCUACCCGGAUUUAGACGUUGCCUUUUGAGAAAAACGGAGACAAUGUUGCCUCAGAAGCAAGCAGAGGAAGCAAUAGUCUCCAACUUUAGCGAGACAGAGCAUGAAGGGAAGGAGCAAGAGAAAGAGGAAGACCAUUCCAUGUUUAGCGUCAAGACCUUUCUCUGGCAUGGCGGCUCCGCCUGGGACGCCUGGUUCAGCUGCGCUUCCAAUCAAGUAGCGCAAGUGCUUUUAACACUACCCUACUCUUUCUCUCAACUGGGUAUGCUUUCAGGCGUCUUGUUCCAGAUAUUCUAUGGAUUGCUUGGGAGCUGGACGGCGUAUCUAAUUAGUGUACUCUAUGUAGAGUACAGAAGCCGAAAGGAGAAAGAAAACGUCAGCUUCAAGAACCAUGUCAUACAGUGGUUUGAAGUGCUUGAUGGUCUUCUGGGUCCGUACUGGAAAGCAGCGGGGCUUGCUUUCAACUGCACUUUCCUCCUCUUCGGAUCUGUCAUACAGCUUAUAGCUUGUGCUAGUAAUAUAUACUACAUCAAUGACAAUUUGGACAAACGGACAUGGACAUAUAUCUUUGGUGCUUGCUGUGCUACCACAGUGUUCAUACCUUCAUUUCACAACUACCGAAUUUGGUCUUUUCUGGGCCUUGGAAUGACCACUUAUACCGCCUGGUACUUGGCUGUAGCAGCUCUUAUUCACGGGCAGACUGAGAAUGUGCAACAUUCGGCUCCAACAAAGCUAGUGCUGUAUUUUACUGGAGCUACCAAUAUACUAUACACGUUCGGUGGUCAUGCUGUCACUGUGGAAAUUAUGCACGCCAUGUGGAAGCCUCAGAAGUUCAAGUACAUUUACCUAAUGGCCACUCUCUACGUUUUUACACUAACGAUUCCCUCGGCCGUUUGCGUUUAUUGGGCGUUUGGCGAUGAGCUCCUCAACCAUGCCAACGCCUUCGCUCUCCUCCCCAAAACCCGCUUUCGUGACGCCGCCGUUAUCUUGAUGCUCAUCCACCAGUUUAUAACAUUUGGGUUCGCAUGUACGCCGUUGUACUUUGUGUGGGAGAAGGUGAUAGGGAUGCAUGACACGAGGAGCAUAUGUUUGAGGGCACUAGCAAGGCUGCCGGUGGUGAUACCAAUAUGGUUUUUGGCAAUAAUCUUCCCGUUCUUUGGGCCUAUAAACUCCGCCGUUGGGGCUCUUUUGGUCAGCUUCACCGUCUAUAUUAUCCCAUCUUUAGCACAUAUACUCACCUACAGAAAAGCCUCUGCCAGACAGAAUGCUGCAGAGAAACCUCCAUUCUUUUUACCAAGCUGGACUGCUAUGUUUGUGGUCAAUUCGUUUAUUGUGGUGUGGGUUCUGGUGGUAGGGUUUGGGUUCGGUGGAUGGGCAAGCAUGACCAACUUUGUGAGGCAAGUUGACACAUUUGGGCUCUUUGCCAAGUGCUAUCAGUGCAAGCCUCCAGCACCGCCUGCAGUGGCAGCCGCCCCGCAGCACUGAGCUAACUAAGAUCAACUUGGCCCGCACACCCGCCGGCCUGCCGGCCAGCCAACAUCUGUCUUUCUCUCUCUGUCUCUCCAUAUUUUGUAUCAUACAGGGGAAGUAGUAAUAUUUCCCCUACAUGUGAUGUGUGCUGGAUUUUUCCUUUUUGGAUCUUUUUUUGUUCUUAAAUUUAGUUGAUAAAAUAGCGUGUUGUGAUGAUUUCCUUUGCCAUCGAAGCAUAGACUAAUUAAAUCAGAUAUAUAUAUGUUUAGAUUUUCUCUU